ACAAAAUGAAACAUUAGGCGCGGAGAGGAGAGCCAGCUGCGAAAAUCCAACGAGCCCUAAAACCUCCUUCGCCUCUCCUCACUGGGGUUUCUCGAGAAAACUCAGAUUCCUGCUUGCCAUGGACUCUGAUGCGAGGAGGAAUGUUAACAUCUCGCCGCAGGGUUCAUCUCCUUCUCCCAAGCCAUCCAAGUUCUCUGUGUACCGGAACCCUGCUCUCGCCGCCGCUUCCACCGCCAAUAGCAUCCGUCCCUCUAAAUCCGCUCUUUUCUACAUAUUCGUGCUCUCAAUCGCUUCAGUUUUCUCUCUCGUUUCCUUCACGGCCGGGGAGAAACGAUUGACGAAUGCUUUAACGUUCGGGAGGAUAACACAAGAGGCAGCUUAUGUUACUGUAAAGGCGUGGCAAGGACUGGUGGCUUUGAUUUGUAUUGGUGCAAUGAUGGCUUUCUCCAAGGGGAUAUCUCUGCACAGGGCUAAGUUUGCUGCUGGAGCUGAAACUAAAGAUCAGUUUUCUCUAACAAGCCGUCAGCUUGAGCUUCUAGGAGUAAAGAAAAAAGCAGAUCAGGGUGUAUCAGAAUCUCCCAAGAGUCGUCCCGCAUUGAAACCAACACGGUCGUUAGAGCCGCUUGUCCCUAUCCAUCAGAAUCUUACUGGUUCAGCGCAUAAAUCGUCCAGUGCUGGUGAUAAGCUGAGUUCUCGUAGUGGGAGUCAGAUUAGUCCGUUUAACACUCCUUCCAAACAGAUGGGUACACCGUCAAUGUAUCUUGUACCUUCCAGCUCACCAGCUUCUUCUAACCGAGCUUCGUCUGGUCAGGAUAAGGCUGUUUCUAGUCCUUGGUCUGGUAGACGAAGUUCUGCAAGAGACAUUGCUACAGAGGAGCAGCUUGAGCAGCUUUUGGCAGAAGUAGAUGAGAAAAUCACUGAGUCAGCUGGGAAGGUGCGGACUCCUCCACCAACAGUAGGGAGUUUUGCCAUGGCUAGUCCGAGUCCUGUUGGUGGUUCAGCUGGUUUGUCUGGGACUACUAGGAGUACACCACUAAGAGCUGUUAGGAUGUCUCCUGGUGCUCAGAAAUUUACGACUCCACCAAAGAAAGGAGAGGGUGAUUUCCCCACACCCAUGUCCUUAGAACAGGCGAUCGAAGGUUUUAGGCAACUAGGCGUGUAUCCUCAGAUAGAAUACUGGCGUGACAGACUAAGGCAAUGGUGUUCUUCAGUUUUGCUCAAACCUCUGCUUAACAAGAUUGAAACAAGUCAUAUUCAGGUAAUGCAAACAGCAGCGAAGCUAGGUGUUAAUGUCACCGUUUGUCAAGUUGGAGGUGAUUUGUCAACAAAUGGAACCGCUCCUACUGCAUUACCUGUUGAUCGUACAAAAGGGUGGCAGCCAUCUUAUUCUCUCGAUGAAGACGCUAUUCUUCACCAGUUACGCGCUAAUCUUGUACAGGCUAUUGAUGCCACCAUGCAAAAGCUGCGUACAGAGAACCAGCAGUUUCAGCAACAACAGCAGCAACAGCAAGCGGCAUUAAUACCCGUUAUGCAGGAAUGCGUUGAUGCUAUUAGCGAACAUCAGAGGCUUCAGGGAUUAAUGAAAGGAGAGUGGGUCAAGGGUUUACUUCCACGCAGCAGCAUUCCAGCAGACUACACGGUGCAAAGAAUCAGAGAGCUCGCGGAAGGAACCUGUGUGAAGAACUACGAGUACAACGGAAGGGCAGAUGCUCGUGAGAAAAACAAGAAAUGGAGCCUGGAGCCUCCAACCGAUUCUCAUCUACUUCUGUACUUGUUCUGUGCCUACUUGGAACAUCCGAAAUGGAUGUUGCAUCUGGACCCCAGCUCUUAUACAGGGACUCAGUCAAGCAGGAAUCCGUUAUUCUUGGGGGUUUUGCCUCCAAAAGAAAGAUUCCCAGAGAAGUACGUAGCUGUGAUAUCAGGUGUACCUUCUACACUCCAUCCUGGCGCAUGUGUACUUGCUGUGGACAAGCAAUGCCCUCCUACGUUUGCCUUGUACUGGGACAAGAAGGUGCAGUUUACCCUUCAGGGACGAACAGCGCUAUGGGACUCUAUUCUGCUAAUGUGCCACAAAAUCAAGGUGGGGUAUGGAGGUGUUGUUCGUGGGAUGAAUCUUGGUUCUUCGGCUCUUAACAUCCUACAAGUAGUUGAUUCUGAAACUGAUGACUAAAACUCAUUUAUCCCCCGUGAAACUCGUUUGUUGCAUCUAACAAUUCAAGAAAAGUGGAUUUUGCUUGAGACUGCUAAUGUUUGUUGGGCGUUGGAGGUCUAUAUUAGCCAUUGUUAAGGAGAAAUUGUACUGAGAUUAGUUCUUUUUUCUUGAUGAAAACCGAGAUUAGUUCUCUUUGGAUAGCAACGUAUUCUUGUGUCAAGUAAAUAUUGAGAAUGCUUUUUUUUGCCCCACUCUA